UAUUUUUCUAUUAUUCCCUUCUUUCCUCUCUUUCUUAUCAUUUUUUCUACCUUUGCCUAUCUUCUUCUAUUUUAUUCUUUAAUUUUCUUGCGCAGUCUGAUAUGGAUCCUUUUGUGGAUGAUGGUUCUGUGGAUGAUAGCGCUGAAUCGUGUUUAACUCAGGAAGAUGCAAACUCUGGAGGUGCAACUAAUCGGGGGUUCACAUUUAAUGAAGUGAAUUCUGUUCGGGCUAGUGGCAGUAAAGUUGUUUGUUGUGACUUCUCCUCUGAUGGAAAACUGCUAGCUAGUGGUGGCCAUGACAAAAAGGCUGUUUUAUGGCAUACUGAUACCCUAAAGCAAAAAACAACACUUGAAGAGCACUCGUCACUCAUUACUGAUGUUCGUUUCAGCCCAAGCAUGGCAAGACUUGCCACAUCUUCUUGGGACAAGACUGUCAGGGUUUGGGAUGCUGACAAUCCGGGCUACUCACUUCGGAUUUUCUUGGGGCAUUCUGCUGGUGUAAUGUCACUUGACUUCCAUCCUAAUAAAGAAGAUCUCAUCUGUUCUUGCGAUGGUGAUAGUGAGAUAAGAUACUGGAGUAUAAACAAUGGUAGCUGCACAAGAGUGUUCAAGGGUGGAACGGCUGUAAGAUUCCAGCCCCGCAUUGGUAGAUAUCUUGCUGCUGCUGCCAAGAACGUCGUAUCGAUACUUGAUGUGGAGACACAAGCUUGUUGGCAUUCGUUAAAGGGUCACACAAAACCAAUACAGUUUGUCUGCUGGGAUCCCUCUGGUGAGCUCCUAGCAUCUGUUAGUGAAGACACUGUCAGGGUUUGGACAUUGAGGUCCGGUAGUGAAGGAGACUGUCUACAUGAGCUUAGCUCAGAUGGCAACAAAUUCUUCUCAUGUGUUUUCCACCCUACAUAUUCAUCAUUGCUUGUUAUCGCCUGUUACCAGUCUUUGGAGGUAUGGCACAUGAAUGAGAACAAGACAAUGACCCUCACAGCUCAUGAAGGAUUAAUUGCUUGCUUGGCUGUAUCGUCAGUCGCGGGUUUGGUCGCUUCAGCCAGUCAUGACAAGUUUGUUAAGCUCUGGAAGUAAUAUCUGUCCCAUCCAUGGUUUCUUUUUAAGUCCUAGCUGUAUUUCCACUGUAAUAUCUAUUAUUGUUGUCUGAAGAGAUAUUUGUGUCUGUCUUAUUUAGCAUUAGCUUUUGUAUUCUGUUAUUUUUUUCAUUUGUGCCUGAAAGAACCAUGUAGUGACCCCAUCCCUUGCUCAUCUAGGCUGCUCAGUUUCUGCUAUGUUUUUUUCCUCCACUAGUUGUUAUGUCAAUUGGAAUAAUCAGGUGUAGUUGGUUCAGUCGCUGAUCCAAUAAGGGUAUUGAAUUUUUUAGUUCUUCA